CCUCCCACUGUUCCUGUUCCUCCUCUCUAUAGGCUCUGUGUUCCCAUCCAUUCUCCCCCGAUUCCCCAUUCCAGCCAGCCAGCUGCCAUCCACCCCCGCCCCCGCCUCCGGCGAGAUCCCCGGCGGCAGAGAUCUCCCCGACGCGGCGGCGCCGCCAUGGCCGCGCAGGCCCCCGAGGGCGAGGGGCCGGCCCCCGCCCGCCCAUCGCGCAUCCGCGUCAUGCGCCCGGAGGUGGAGGAGGUCCUCAAGAGCCCCCGCCGCGGCCGCGCCAAGCUGCACAAGGAGGGCGGCGGCGAGCAGGAGGACGACGCCGGCGCGCGGCCGCGGUACGACUGCCCGUUCCAGGACGAGGAGAAGGAGGGGCAGCAGGGGUUCGCGCCGCCCGACGUGGUGUGGUGCAAGGUGCGGAGCCACCCCUGGUGGCCGGCCCAGGUCUUCGACGCCGCCGACGCCUCCGAGCUCGCGCUCCGGCACGCCAGGCCCGGCGCGCCCCUCGUCGCCUACUUCUGGGACCGGACCUUCGCCUGGAUGGACCCCUCCGUGCUGCGCCCCUUCCGCGCCCACUUCCCCCGCCUCGCCGCCCAGAGCACCGUCUCCAGCUACGUCGCCGCCGUCGACGCCGCGCUGCAGGAGGUCACCCGCCGCAUCGAGGCCGGCCUCUCCUGCUCCUGCUCCCCGCCCACCGUCGCCAGGAAGCAGCAGAUUCAGAACACCGGGAUCAGGGAGGGGGCGUACGGCGCCGUGGUGGACGAGGUGUACAUGAGGGACUCGUUCCGUGCCAAGCCGUUCGUCGACUACAUUUCGGCGCUGGGCAGAAGCCCGCUGGCCGGCGCCGAUCGUCUCGACCUUGCCACCGCCAUGGCGCAGCUCAGGUCUUUCAACCGGUUGAGGUGUCCAAUGGAGCUCCCUGAGUUUGUCAUCUACCAGGGGAUUGAGGACGUUGCUGCUGCCGUUGCUCCUGAGGCUGAGGCUGAGGCUGAGGCUGAUGUGGCAGCAACACAACAGACAAAGAGGAAGAGGACGGAGGAGAAGGGCGGCGGGGAUGGCGAUGCUCCGGCCAAGGAGAAGAGAUCGAGGCAUGGUGGUGAGAGCUCAUCGCGCAAGAGAGAUGCUCCUGCAAAGGAACCAGAAGUGGCCAUUGAUGUUGAGGACAGCCCUCCUAUGCCCAGGGACAGGAUCAUGGACACCUCCGAAGAUGCAGCGGAUAAGGGAGAAGCUCCUGCAAACAAAGAUGCUGCCAUAGUUGAGGACACCCCUAUGCCCAGUACCAAGCAUAGGAAGUCGAAGAGAGGUAGCAAGACUUCAGCAGAGAAAAAGAAGAAAGACACUUCCAAAGAUACAGCAGAUAAGGGCGAGUCUCAACCAGAGGCAGAGCCUGCCAAAGAAGAUGAUGUGAAUGGGGACAGCUCUAUGCCGAGUGUGGAGGUGACGGAUGAUACAUUGAGCAAGCAAAGGAAGUCGAAGAGAGUUAGCAAGAGUGCAGCAGAGAGCAAGAAGAAAGACACCUCCAAAGACACGGCAGAUAAGGGCGAGUCUCUACCAGAGGCAGAGCCUGCAAAAGAAGAUGAUGUGGAUGAGGACAGCUCUAUGCCCAGCAGCGGGGCGGCAGAUGAUACAUCGAGCAAGGGAAGGAAGUCAAGGAGAGCUACUAGGAGUUCAGCAAAGACGAAGAAGAACGACACCUCCAAGGACACAGACAAGACAGACUCUGUAACUGAGCCUGCAAAGGAAGUGACUGAGAACGAGGACAGCUCUAUGCCCAGUGCAGAGGCGACAGAUGAUACAGUGAGCAAGGGAAGAAAGUCGAAGAAAAGUAAGGGUUCGGCAAAGACGAAGAAGAGAGAUGCAGAUAAGAAUGAGUCUGUACCAGAGCCUGCAAAAGAUGUUGCCGAGAAUGAGGACAGCUCUAUGCCCAGUGCAGAGGCGAUAGAUGGUGCAUUGAGCAAGGAAACGAAUUCCAAGAGCAGUACGAGGUCGGCAAAGAAGAAGAAGAAGAAAGACGCAGGUAAAAAAGAGUCUCUACCAGAUCCUGCAAAGGAAGGUGCUGAGAAUAAGGACAGCUCUAUGCCCAGUGGAGGGGCGACAGAUGGUGCAUUGAGCAAGGAAACGAAUUCCAAGAUCAGUACGAGGUCGGCAAAGAAGAAGAAGAAAGAGUCUCUGCCAGAGCCUGCAAAGGAAAAGGCCACUGGUACUGGCAGUUCAACGCCGAGUAGAGUGGCGGCAGAUGAUACACCGAGCAAGAAAAGGAAGUCCAGUAAGAAGAGUUCAGCCAGUAACAGGAUCAUAGACACCUCCAUGGAUGCUGUGGAUGGCAUGUUGAGUGAGAGAAAAUCAGGGCGUAGGCUAAGGUCCAGCCACAAGAUUGUAGAGGCUUUGGAGGUUAUGAAAUGGCCGAGGAAGAAGGAUGCUGGUGAAACCACAAAGGUAAAAGAUAAAGAUGCUGCUUUGCCCAAGGAGAACAAUCUAGGGCGUAGAGCGGGUUCUGCACGCCACAAGGAUAAAACCACAAUCACAAAGGAUGGGGAUGGACUUAGAGUUUCUCCUCUCAAGAAAAGGUUGCACCUUGAUGUACACUCAGCAACAGAGAAUGCACCCUUUGCAGUCUCAGAGCUUGGCAGGAAGAAGAAGACGCUUAUUGAACUUCUGGCAGAGACAGCUACCCCUAACCCUUCAGCAGGUGGUAAGAGCAAGGCUCGAGCGGAGCGUCCCUUGCCUUCUUCAAUCCUGAAACCUGAGGCUACACCGAACACCAGAGGGAAGCGUUCUUUGCCUGCUUCUACUGAGACACCUGAGGAUCCAGGCCGCGAUAAGGAUACAAUGAACACCAGAGAGAAGCGUUCUGUGGCCUCAUCAACCGAGAAACCUGAGCGUGAUACGAGAAGUACAGUGAAGACUAGAGGAAAAAGUUCUUUGCCUUCUUCAGCCGAGGAACCUGAGGACCCAGACCGUGAUAAAAAUGAUACAAUGAAGACUAGAGGGAAGCGUUCUUUGCCUGCAUCAGCGGAGAAACGUCAGGAUCCUGACCGCGGCACAAAGGGUACAGCAAAGACUAGGGGUAAACGCUCUCUGCCUGAAUCAACUGAGGAUCCUGACCGUGUUACAAAGGGUUCAUCAAAGACUAAGGGAAAAGGUUCUCUUCCUGAAUCAACUGAGGAACCAGAGGGUCCUGAUGACCGUGAUAUGAAGGAUUCAAUGCACACCAGGAAACGAAAGAAGCUCGACACAUUGGGGGAUUUGUCUUCCCAGCCACAGCCUGUUUCUCCCAAGGGUUCCACGAAAGCUCGAGAAGUGAAGCGCAAAGCUGCUGGGCAGAAGUCACAGGCAUCACCUGUUGUCAAAGCCAAUGGUGGCAUAUCAGGCGAUACGUCUUCCAAGAGGUCCGCAAGGCGCAAAGCUGCUGAACCGAAGCCACAGGAAACCCCUGUUGUCAAAGCUAACGGUGAAGCUUCUCAGACGAGAUCGCGUAGGGCCAAAAACAGUGAAGUGACUGUUCCAGACAAGUCUCCACGCUCUGUUAAGCCGGAUAAGGGCAAGAAAGGCGCCGUGGCAGAAGGCUCUCCGUCUUGUGGUGAAAUGCUGUCACAGCUUUGUGUCGGAGCAAGUGAUGCUGAGAAGAUGGGGAAGAUCGCCCCUGCAAGCGCUAGCUUCUUGACUGAUUUCCUGAAGAGCGCUCGUGCCUGUACUUCUGAUGUGGAGGAGGCAGCCAACACAGACUGCCGUGCUUCUAGUCCCGAUGCUGACGAGGAGAUACCUGAGAAGGCAGCAGCAGACAAAGUUUCUAGUCCCAAUGCUGACGAAGAGAUACCUGAGGAAGCAGCAGCAGACAAAAUUUCUAGUCCUCAUGCUGUCGAGGAGAUACCUGAGAAGGCAACAGACAAUGUUUCUAGUCCUCAUGCUGACUUGGAGGUGCCUGAGGAGGCAGCAGACAAAGUGUCUAGUCCUCAUGCUGACGAUGAGGUGAUACCUGAGGAGGCAGCAGAGAAAGUUUCUAGUCCCAGUGCCGAUGAGGCGAUACCCGAGGAGGCAGCAGAGAAAGUUUCUAGUCCCAAUGCUGAUGAGGUGAUGCCCGAGAAGGCAGCAGAUGAAGUUUCCAGUGUCCCUGCUAAUGAGGCGACACCUGAGAAGGCAGCAGAGAAAGUUUCUAGUCCCAAUGCUGAUGAGGUGAUACCUGAGGAGGCAGCAGAAAAAGCGAUACCUGAGGAGGCAGCAGAUGAAGUUUCACUUGCCCCUGCCGACGAGGAGACACUUUUGAAGGUAAAAGAGGAAGUUUCUAGUCCCCUUGCUGACGAGGAGACACUUGAGAAGGCAACAACAGAGAAUGUUUCUAGUGCCACUGCCGACGAGGAGACACUUGAGACGGCAGCAGCAGAGAAAGUUUCUAGUGCUCCUGCCGACGAGGAGACAUCUGAGACGGCAGCAACAGAGAAAGUUUCUAAUGCCCCUGCCGGUGAGGAGACACUUGAGAAGGUAAAAGAGGAAGUUUCUAGCCCGCAUGCUGAUGAGGCGAUACCUGAGAAGGCGGCAGAGAAAGUGUCUAGUCCCCAUGCUGAUGAGGCGACACCUGAGAAGGCAGCAGAUGAGGUUUCUAGCCCCCCUGCCGAUGUGGAGACACCUGAGAAGGCAACAGAGAAAGUUUGUUGCCCCCCUGCCGACGAGGAGAUAGCUGAGAAGCCAUCAGACAAAGUGUCUAGUCCUCAUGCUGAAGCAGAGAUGUCUGAGAAGGCAGCAAAGAGCUCACCUGCUCCAUCAGAGCCGCCGGUGGUGUGUGAUGAUAUGAAGGACAAUUACUGGUCUGACAUUCUCAUAAACGUGGAGGAACCGCUGUCUAGUCUGGCAAAGAAGAAGGACAAGGGCAAGAUGAGAUCAAGCAAGAAGCAGCGGCGUGACGACGAGAUGAAGCAAGAUGAGAUGCUGCUGGCAGAGGCAGAGAACGGGAAGGCGAACGGGGCCGAGGAGGACGUGUCGCUGACGGGCCUGGUGCUGCACUUCAGCAAGCCGGGCGCGGUGCCCUCGCGUGGCGACCUCAUCGAGAUCUUCAGCCAGUACGGGCCCGUUAGCGAGGCGAGGACGGAGACAGACGAGCACUCCAGCUCGGCCCAGGUGGUGUUCAGGCGGCGCGCGGACGCAGAGGCGGCGUUCGGCGGUGCGGGCAAGAUCGUCGCCCUCAGGCCCGGCCUCGACAGCUUCCGCCUCACCGACUUCCCGUGCGCCACGGCCGCGUUCCGGGUUGAGGACGGGCCGAAGCAGGGAGGAGGAGGUGUUUGUUAUUUAGGUGGUGGUAGCUUUCUGGUUGUGUUAAAAGGAGGAGUAAGAAGAGGUAUCCUAACUGUGCGACUUGACACGAUGGUAACAGGAGGCACGGUUUACCUAGGUUUGGGCUCUCACGAAGGAGAUAAUACCCUACGUCAUGCUUGUGUGCAUUGCAUUGAUACUUUAGGCUUCCUCAGCAUCGACUGCGGCGGCGCCGCCAACUACACGGACGCCCGGGGCCUGCGCUGGACCUCCGACGCCGGCCUCAUCGCCACCGGCACCCCCAUCUCCACCCCCAACACCUCCAGCACCGACACCCAGUACGCCACGCUGCGCGCCUUCCCGUCCGACGGCGCCAAGCACUGCUACGCCCUCCCGGUCGCCACCCGCGCGCGCUACCUGCUGCGGGCCACCUUCCUCUACGCCGGCUUCGACGGCGACGACGCCUUCCCGGAGUUCGACCUCUACCUCGGCGCCACCCGCUGGUCUCCCGUCGUCGUCUACGACGGCGCACGCCUCGUCACAAGGGAAGCGGUCGUCCUGGCGCAGUCCUCCACCGUCUCCGUCUGCCUCUCCAACGCCACCACCGGCCGGCCCUUUAUAUCCACCCUAGAGCUCCGGCCGCUCAACGGGUCGCUGUACCGCACCGACGCGGAGGCCCGCGCCUUCCUCGCCCUCGCCGCCCGCAUCAACUUCGGCGCCCCCUCGCCGGAUCCCGUCAGGUAUCCUGAUGAUCCGUACGACCGGAUAUGGGAAUCGGACAUGGUCCGGCGGGCCAACUACCUGGUCGACGCGGCGCCCGGCACCGUCAACGUGUCCACCGACAAGCCGGUGUUUGUCGCCACGAGCGAGAGGCCGCCGGAGAAGGUGAUGCAGACCGCCGUCGUAGGCACCCUUGGUGAGCUCACCUAUCGGCUCAACCUCAACGGCUUUCCGGGGGAUGGCUGGGCCUUCAGCUACUUCGCUGAGAUCGAGGAGUCCGUCGUCCCCGAGACGCGCAAGUUCAAGCUCUUCAUCCCUGGCCUACCUGACGUUAGCAAGGCCACCGUCGACGUCGGUGAGAAUGCUCCUGGGAAGCUACGGCUCUACCAGCCGGGCUACUAUAACGUGUCACUACCCUUCGUGCUGUCAUUCGCGUUCAGAAAGACCAACGACUCGUCCAGGGGACCCAUUCUCAACGCAUUCGAGAUCUACAAGUAUGUCGAGAUUGAGCCCGGGUCCCCGGACGCACUGGCCAUGGCAAGCCUCGCGUCGCGGUACACGUCCUUGGGUGAUUGGGCCAACGAAGGCGGCGAUCCCUGCUGGCCCUCGCCGUGGUCCUGGGUCAGAUGCUCCUCAGAACCACAACUAAGAGUGGUUUCAAUAAAUCUUUCAGGGAAGAACUUGACAGGGGGCGUACCUCCGGAACUAGUGGCUUUGUCAUUCUUAGCAGAAAUCCGACUUGAUGAUAACAUGCUGACGGGUCCGAUUCCAGACCUCGCCGCCUCUUCGAACCUCUCAAUCAUUCACUUUGAGAACAACCAGCUUACUGGCAGUGUACCUUCAUAUUUGAGCAGCUUGCCCAAGCUCACCGAGCUCUAUCUUCAGAAUAACAAGCUGUCUGGGUAUAUCCCCAAGGCUCUGAAAAGCAGAGGCAUUAUUUUCAACUAUGCUGGCAAUAUGGACCUGAAGGCAGGGAAUCAAGAGAAGCACCACCUGGUAAUCAUCAUAUCUGCGCUGCUUGGAGUAUCCUUGUUGCUUGCAGUUUCCCUCUGUUGCUACGUGCUGACACGCAAAGCCAACAAGAAGAGCUCACCACCAGAAGAUGACCUUACAAAGGCGGCCCCGCCCGCACACAAGCUGCACAAGUCAGACGCGCCGUCAUGCGAAAUCGCCACCGAGACUUGCCAUCCCUUCAGAUUAUGCGACCUCGAAGCGGCGACCAAGAAUUUUGAGAACAGGAUUGGUUCCGGGGGUUUCGGGAUAGUGUACUACGGGAAGCUGCCGGACGGAAGGGAGAUCGCGGUGAAGGUGCCGACGAAUGACUCGUACCAGGGGAAGAAGCAGUUCACGAAUGAGGUGUCCUUGCUGUCAAGGAUACACCACAGGAACCUGGUGGCGUUUCUAGGUUACUGUCAUGAAGACGGAAGGAACAUCCUGGUGUAUGAGUUCAUGAUGAAUGGGACUCUCAAAGAGCAUCUCCAUGGGCGUGACAAACAUAUUAGCUGGAUUCAGCGACUUGAGAUUGCAGAGGAUUCAGCAAAAGGGAUCGAGUACCUUCACAGCGGGUGCACGCCGUCGAUCAUCCACCGGGACAUCAAGACGAGCAACAUCCUGCUGGACAAGCAGAUGCGGGCCAAGGUGUCGGACUUUGGUCUGUCGAAGCUGGUCGCGGAGGAGUCCCACGCGUCCACCAACGUCCGCGGCACGCUGGGCUACCUGGAUCCACAGUACUACAUCUCCCAGCAGCUGACGGAGAAGAGCGACGUGUACAGCUUCGGGAUCAUCCUGCUGGAGCUCAUCUCGGGGCGGCCGCCCAUCUCGGCCAUGACCUUCGGCGACCACUUCCGCAACAUCGGGCCAUGGGCCAAGUUCUACUACGAGAGCGGGGACAUUGAGGCGGUGGUGGACCCGGCCAUCUCCGGGGAGUACCGGGACGUGCACUCGGUGUGGAAGGUGGCGGAGACGGCGGUGCGGUGCAUCGACGCGGACGCGAGGAGGCGCCCCUGCAUGGCGGAGGUGGUGAAGGAGGUGCAGGAGGCGAUUGCGCUGGAGCGUCCCCCGAGCGAGGCGUCGGCGUUGGAGCGGAGGGCGUCGUUCCCGUUCUCGCCGGCGGGGGCUCGGUCGGGCACGGUGCGGUCCCACGACAUGAUCAUGGACAACCUGAUGCGGGAGGAGGACGAGUCGUCCUCGUUCCCCAACACUCUCCGCCACCCCGAGCUGCGCUGAUCCAAGAUGAAGGAAACUUUGGCUUGGAACUGGCUCAAAAUAUUCUCUCUCUCUUCCCUGGAGUUUUGAUGAUGAUUUGUAAUUUGUAAACUAAUAACUGGUAUAGGAGUAGGGCACUUGGCUAUUUAUUUUAGACACACACACACACUUUCCAAAAAAAAAGAUUUGGUAUUUUUUAGAACAAAAAAGUCUCUUUUACGGGUAGAGCAAAAAGGUGUUGAUUUUGUAUUGGCACGCGGAGUGGAUUAGGAUUAGGCAGUGUGGAAAAAUAAAGAUUGUUUUUUUUUUUC